AGGUUCCGGCGUGGGCGGGGCGGCGCGGCGCGCAGAGAGGCGGCGGCGGGAGUGGGGGAGCCCGGCCGGGACCGGGGCACAGCCGCCGCCAUGAAGAAGCAGUUCAACCGAAUGAAGCAGCUGGCCAACCAGACCGUCGGCAGGGCUGAGAAAACAGAGGUGCUCAGUGAAGACCUGUUGCAGAUCGAGAGACGCCUUGACACUGUGAGAUCUGUUUGCCACAUCGCACAAAAGCGAUUAAUUGCCUGUUUUCAAGGCCAGCAUGGGACAGAUCCUGAGAAGAGACAUAAAAAACUUCCUCUAACAGCUCUUGCUCAAAAUAUGCAAGAAGGGUCUGUCCAGCUGAGUGAUGAAACUCUGUUGGGGAAAAUGCUGGAUACGUGCGGUGACGCAGAGAACAAACUGGCAAUGGAGCUCUCUCAGCACGAAGUACAGAUUGAAAGAGAAGUUUUAGACCCGCUGUGUCAGCUAACAGAGACAGAGAUCCCGAACAUUCAGAAGCAGAGGAAACAGCUUGCAAAGCUGGUGUUGGACUGGGAUUCUGCAAGAGGGAGGUACAACCAAGCCCACAAGACUUCAGGAACAAACUUUCAAGUGCAUCCUUCAAAAAUAGAGUCGCUUAAGGAAGAGAUGGAUGAAGCUGGAAAUAAAGUAGAACAAUGCAAGGAUCAGCUGGCAGCAGACAUGUACAACUUUGUGUCCAAAGAAGGGGAAUACGCCAGGUGCUUUGUUAUGUUAUUAGAAGCACAAGCAGAUUACCAUAGAAAAGCAUUAGCAGUCAUAGAAAAGGUCCUACCCGAAAUUCAAGCCCAUCAAGACAAAUGGACUGAGAAACCAGCUUUUGGAACCCCAUUAGAAGAGCAUCUCAAGCGCAGUGGUCGUGAAAUUGCAGUCCCUAUUGAAGCCUGCGUGAUGAUGCUUUUGGAAACAGGAAUGAGAGAGGAGGGCUUAUUCAGAAUUGCUGCUGGAGCCUCCAAGUUAAAAAAGCUGAAAGCUGCCUUGGAUUGUUCAACUUCACAGCUUGAUGAGUUUUAUUCUGAUCCCCAUGCAGUUGCAGGUGCCUUGAAAUCCUAUUUGCGAGAGCUGCCAGAACCUUUAAUGACCUAUAGUCUGUAUGAAGAAUGGACACAAGCUGCAAAUAUUCAGGACCAGGAUAAGAAGCUACAAGAGCUGUGGAGGAUUUGUAACCGAUUACCCAAGCAUUACCAUGCUAACUUCAGGUAUUUAAUCAAAUUUUUAGCAAAGCUUGCACAGAACAGCGACGUUAACAAAAUGACACCCAGCAACAUUGCAAUCGUCUUGGGCCCCAACUUGCUAUGGGCAAAGAAUGAAGGAUCCCUUGCGGAAAUGGCAGCAGCGACCUCAGUCCAUGUGGUAGCAGUCAUUGAGCCAAUUAUUCAGCACGCAGACUGGUUCUUCCCUGGAGAUCAAGAUUUCAAUGUGUCAGGGGCAUUUGUUGCCAUUCCUGCUGUUAAUUCCAAUCACUUGUCACACACUGGGAGCGAAUACGAAUCCGGAACACUGGAGCGGAAGAGGCCUGUCAGCAUGAUUGUAUCGGAAGGGGAUUUGUUGAAGAAGGAAAGCUUUGGUGUCAAGGUUAUGGACUUCCAAGCGAACCCUCGGAGAUGUGGCACUAUAAAUAGAAAGCACACAUCCCCAGCUUUCCAGCCACCACUUCCGCCCACGGAGGCUGGCGUGCUGGCUCAGGCUGGAGCGGAGCAGCACUCACAAGCCUCUGUGGCUGAAACAAGCCCAGUGGGUGCUGGUUUUGCUCUCUCUGCUGGCGCAGCAGAACAGUUACAAAGUCAAGGCAAUGAGGAUGUCAGUACCUCAAAAUCGAAGGAGAACACGUCUUCAGCAACUCCUCCACCCGUGAGAAAUGGUGGGCAUGCAGCUGCCGUCCAGAACCAGCCCACGAGUAGCACUAAUCAGCUUUCUGUUAAUCAGCCACAGAACGCAGCAGGUCCCAGUCCCCACGCGAUGAGGAGAGCCGUUAAGAAGCCUGCGCCAGCGCCUCCCAAGCCAGCCAACCCACCGCCAGGGCAGCCGGGAAGCCAGAGCUCUGCCCCUGCUGCCCAGCCACCCUCCGUCUCACCAAAACCGCCUGCUCGAAGUUCUUCUCCUCCUGCUCAACAUGCAAACCAAGGAGCAGCCCAGCCCUCUGUUUCCCAGGUUUCUGCACCUCGGAGAUACUCCAGCAGCCUUUCCCCAAUACAAGCUCCCAGCCACCCACCGCCCCAGCCCCCAACACAGGCUACUCCUCCACUGCAGCCCAAAGCAAACAGUCAAGCAUCUCCUCCCGCUGCGCCCGGCAGUGAGCACGGACCAGAGCAGCCCUGUUGCACUCCUCCCCAGACUCCAACACCCCCUGGUACACCCCCUCUAGGAAAACACAAUCCCAGUUCCCCAUCACCGCAGCCGCAGCCACAGCCGCCUACUCCAGAGACCUCGCAGUCUCCCUCUCCCCCCCAGAGCGGCACCCUGCCGAGGCCGCGGCCGGUACCAAAACCCCGCAACAGACCCAGUGUUCCCCCUCCACCGCAUCCUCCUUCUCAGCUGACUGGAGAUGGUAUUAUUGCAAAUGCCACGCAAACAGCUUCCAAAAUAGUAACAGAUGUUUGACCUGCAUUCAGUAGGAACUGUAUGGGAAAGUUCGAUGGUAAGGAAAAGGCAAAUGAUUGGCCAAAACUGUUGCUAAUUCAUAAUCAUGUGUGUGCUAACGCCCACUACUAACCCAUCAUGAAUAACACUGCUUGCUUGCACCGUCGUAAGCGUGGCAUGUGAAAAGAAUGGCUGUUUGAUGCUCGCUCUCACAUUAACGUACUAAAAGUAUUGGAGACUAGAACGUGUCGAGUUGUUCAGUUCCCCAUUGUACUUUUUUUCACAUAUCUAGAAAUUCCUGUCUUUUCUAGAGGUCCAUUUUGCAUUUGAAGUAGCUCUUUGUCACAAAUCCUCUUUUCCUGGGUCACCUCAUACUUCCAGUUCCCUCCUUUUCCUGUUCCUCCCUCCAUAUGCAGUCGCGGCAGGGAGGGCUCCUGUGCCUGUGGCAAAAGGUGAAGAGCAGCUUUUGAACUGUACUUCAAACAAAGGUCCCAUGGUAACAGCAGGCCUUGCUCCACUGGAGGGAGAACUGCUGCUGAGAUGCUGUGCUCGCCUCUCCUGAGGUCACGCUCCGCGUGGAAUGGUUUGAGGAAGAGAAAAACACAAGAAUUUAGGAACUCACUCAGUUGCAGUUUAUUCUUCACUAUAACACUGCUUCUGUAACAAUAGUGAAAAUGACUAAAAUCUAAAGUUUAAAUCACCUGACUUUAAAGGUACUUAGAUUUUCAUCUGUUGUAGAAACAGUAGUUGUGCAGUAGAGUGGGGAUAAGAGAGAGCUGCCCGUGUUCUGAAACCUGGUUUCGUAGAUCAGGGACUUAUUUGAAACAGAUGAACAUGAGGGUAGGUGAAAGGGCUGGGUUUGAAGUAGCCCCAGUGACUGUUUCUCCAUUGGUAUCAGAGCUCUGCUGGACAGUGACCAUCUUGUAGUGCCACCAGGCACUGGUGUUGCUGGGGAAAGCCCAGUAAACUGAUUUUCACCAUGGGGAGAGAAAUCCAUUUGAAAGAUUCCCAAGGAUGACGGCCUUGGAGAAGUCAUCGCAGUACUGGUGGCUUGUUCUGUGCCUUCUGGAUGAUUUCCUUUACCACUGACUGCCCUCCUAGCAGAGUGCAGCACUCCCCAGGGCUCCCACCCAACACUUGGGAGGAAAUGUAGGGCACACAUCUCUCGAGAGAAUGGUAAUCCUGGUUUGGGGAAAGUUGCAGGGGUGGGAACAAGAAGAUUUAACUGUUGUGCGCAAGACAAGCUGGUCGGGGUCGGGCACAGGAUGACAGAGCUCCAGCCUCUACAUGACCAGUAAGAUUAGCUGGGAGACGCAGGCGGCUGGCUCUCUAGUCGUGGGCUGAGAGCAGCAGGGAGGCCGUGCUCGAGCUCCAGUUCUGUAGCCUUCACCUCUUCCCUGUCAUUCAGCACAGAAACUCUAAACUUGCGCACUUAGGAAGUAACUAGUGAGCUAAAUUUCAGUCUCUAAGCUCAAGAUACGUGUCCAGGUCUUUAUAGGGUGCCUGUUUGUGCUACCUACAUAUAAAAGCAAGGGAGAUAGUUGGAUUCUGUAUUGAUGUGAGUAUCUAGAUGAUUUGCUGUGUGUCUCAGCCACUGUGUUGCAGUAAGAGAUGUCACAGCACGUUAGAAAUUAGCUUUCCAAAAUACUGACUUAAUACUUUAUGUUUUUUGAACCAUUGUGGACUUUUCUGGUCUCACCACCAGCACAGUCACCUGAAAUGCAAUGUUUUGGGGUCCUUCUUGGACUCCUGGGCUUGAACAAAAUUCUCCUCUCCUCAGAAGAAGGCAAAGAUGUUGCCUGCAGGAAAGGGGUUUAAUCUGCCUUUGGUUUAAAUAAUUCCUUCCUCUUCCUGUGCCAAUGCCUCCUUUUGACCCCGUGCCUGUUCCCAUUGCUCUGAAAGCAGUAGGUGAGGGUUAUCUGACUGACCCUUGACAUGCCAAAUUCUUUUGCUGAGCGACCAUUCUGUUUUGAUGUGAAUGUCUGGAGUGAAGUGGCACUCAUAAGGAGCCUUGAGGAAUCCAGUACUCGCUGCCUCCCGCUCUUCAGAAAGAUUUUCCUUCUUUACACACGCGAUUGAAACAGGGUCUUUAGGGGAAGCCACUCCAAACAUCAGCUUUGUAGUUUGGCUCAGCCGUUGAGUGUCCGUGUGCACAUACAUGCCAGCCCUGUUUGAAAAGCCCUCGUUGAUCUGUCCUUUCCCUUCCCUUUUGAAGGGAAUGCACCAGAAAUCUGCUCAUGGAUGAGGUCACUGCCUGCUAAACUUGCUGUUCCCUUUUUUGUGCAGACUCCAGCUCCAGCGUUCAAGAACCACUUCACAACCCUUCUCCAGAGCUUCUUACGGAGACAACGAGCAGAGAACUGCACAACCACCUCGUGCUUGAUAUCGACAAUGACACAGAAAGCACUGCUCUGUGAUGGAAACUCAGA